AUGUCUUGGUUCGAACCCCUGGAGCUGGCCAUCAAGCUCUACAACGAUGGCAACAACGAGGUUUGCGUUGCGCAGGUUGAAAGCAUCUUGAAUGACUCACUGCCUCCUUACCCACGCAUGCGCUGUCAUAUCCUCCUCGGCCACGCGCCUGAUAAUUGGUACGAAGCUGAGACAGCACGCUUUCGAGCCGAGAACUACCUGGCACACUGGCACCUGCACCGACCGGCUGCCGGCACUCCUGCCAGAGCUCGGAGGGAAAGGCUCGAAAAAGAGAUACGCGAUCUUCUCGAUGACCUGGAUGAAGAGUUGAGAUCAUGGAGACCUGACGACUGGUAUGAGCAUCAACUCUUUUGGACUGAGGCUGACGCACAAGACCGCAACGUCGCUAUUACUGAAGCUCUCAAGGAGUGGUACGGUGAGCAGGUCGAAGGUGAAGAUGCAGAAGAAGAAGCUGCCGAGGAGCCCGAAGGUGAAGAAGAGAAUAUUACUAAGGGCGAGGCAGAGAAGGUUGCUGAACGAGCCGAGGGUGAGUACGAGAAAGUUGCUAAACAGGUCGAAGACGAAGGGAAAGUCGCUGCCGAACAAGCUGAGGGCAAGAAGUAA